UUUUUUUUUCGUUUUUCAUAAUUAUUUUCACAAUGGAAAAUCAAUUAACCAGCGAUAAACUUGACGAGAUAUUUUCUCGUCUGCGAGGCUCUCAAAACGAGGUACCCCAACGAACGAAACCUUCUAUUCAAGACGUCAAGAAUGAGUUGGAACAUACAUUUCUUACGCCUAAAAAGAGUUUCCCAACAUCCUGGUUAAGCAAAUGUCAAGAACAUUGGGAGGAAUUGCCCAAUUAUACCACCAAUGCUUAUACUCAACUAUCCAAAUCACGUACCAACAUUGAGGUGGCUCGUAAGGGCUGUGAUGGAGAUAUCAUUGGUUUCAAAGAAAUCAUCAGUGACGAUCCUAACCUGGCUUCCAAUAAUUCAACAAGUUUUUCGAGAGCGUUUGGUUCCACCAAAGAUUUUGUCAGAGGUUCUGCUUCUCAAUUUCCUUUUGCUCCAGGUGGAUUAGAAGCUGAGGUAAUCGUCGACGAGGGUCUGUUGACCGAGGAUGUGGAUUUGGACGCAGAUAUUGACUUUUUCAAUUUCGAAGAUUUGUCUCUGAUCGCACCUGGAUUGGACAGAGGAUUAGCUUUUGAAGGUGACGAAAAUCAAAAAGAAUCGUCCAUUAUCAAGAAAGAUAGUUCUGUGUUUAAUAUCGAGGAUAUGAUGGCACCUAUUGAUGACACAUAUGAUUUCUUGAAUGUCAAGACAAAACAAGAGGAGACUGUUCAAGAUAUCUCGACAAAGGAGCAAGAUACAAAAGAAUCAGAAGAAGUGGAUGCAUUUUUACCUACAACAUUACCACCACAAAAGGACCUUGUACCCAAAAAACUUGCUACAGCCAAUGAAGCUUUGAAGCGACGUGAGUGGGCACAUGAAAUCAACGUGAAUGAGCCCUUUGAUAACUUUUACGACUUGGUGCCCGAAAUGGCCUUACAGUUUCCUUUCGAGCUUGAUGUUUUCCAAAAGCAAGCCGUAUAUCAUUUAGAAAUUGGAGAUUCAGUAUUUAUCGCAGCUCAUACAUCUGCUGGUAAAACUGUGGUUGCUGAUUAUGCUAUUGCUUUAGCCACCAAACACAUGACGAAGGCCAUUUAUACUUCACCGAUCAAGGCCUUAAGUAACCAAAAAUUCCGUGAUUUCAAACACACGUUUGGUGAGGAUGUGGGAAUUUUGACAGGUGAUGUUCAAAUUCGACCGGAAGCAAGUUGUCUCGUCAUGACCACCGAAAUUUUAAGAAGUAUGUUGUACAGAGGUGCAGAUCUGAUCCGUGACGUAGAGUUUGUUAUCUUUGAUGAAGUGCAUUAUGUGAAUGAUCUGGAAAGAGGUGUAGUUUGGGAGGAAGUUAUCAUCAUGUUGCCCGCUCAUGUCAACAUUAUCUUACUGUCCGCAACAGUUCCCAACACCAAAGAAUUUGCUGGUUGGGUUGGCCGUACCAAAAAGAAGGAUAUUUAUGUGAUUAGUACAUUGAAGAGACCUGUCCCACUGGAACAUUACAUUUAUGCCAACAAGGAAAUUUACAAGAUUGUCGGCGCUAACGAAAACAAGUUGAACACGAUUGGGUAUAAUAAAGCCAAGGACGCCAUGUUGAAGCGUAAAGAACAAGUCGAUAAAUCGACUGGAAACACUAGUAACGCUCGAGGAGGUCGAGGAGGCCGCGGAGGAGCUGUGGCUCGUGGCGGUGGACGCACCGUCACCCGAAGCUAUCAAUCCGGCAUGCAAACUGAUCGUAAUUUGUUUGUUCAUCUUAUUGGUAUGCUUAAAACCAAAAGUUUGUUACCUGUUGUUAUCUUCACAUUCUCCAAACGUCGAUGUGAAGAAUACGCCACAGGCUUAUCCAAAACAGAUCUAUGUAGCAGUUUAGAAAAAAGUGAAAUACAUGUGUUUAUAGAACGUAGUUUAGUCCGACUUCGUGGAUCAGACAAGCAAUUACCUCAAAUCUUGCGUAUGAGAGACUUGUUAUCACGUGGUAUUGCUGUACAUCACGGUGGUCUUUUACCCAUCAUUAAGGAAAUUGUCGAGAUUUUGUUCGCAAGAGGUCUUGUCAAGGUGCUCUUUGCUACAGAAACAUUUGCCAUGGGUGUGAACAUGCCUGCCAGAUGCGUUGUGUUCUCAGGUAUUCGUAAACAUGACGGUCGUAGUUUCAGAGAUCUUUUGCCUGGUGAGUAUACGCAAAUGUCAGGUCGUGCAGGUCGUCGUGGAUUGGAUAGCACUGGUGUGGUCAUCAUUGCCACUGGUGGUGAUGAGCCUCCCGAAGUGCCAUGUUUGUCCACCAUGUUGUUGGGUAAACCCACCAAAUUAGAGUCCCAGUUCAGGUUGACAUACAACAUGAUUUUGAACCUGCUUCGUGUAGAAGCCCUCAAAGUCGAAGAAAUGAUCAAGCGUAGUUUCUCCGAAAACAGCACACAAAAGUUAUUACCCGAUACUAAGCGAUUAGUGGAUGAGAACGAACAAAAACGUAGUGCACUUCGUCAAUUGGACUGUGCUAUUUGUGAACCUGAUCUUGAAAAGUUUUACGAUAUCUGUGGUGAAGUAGUUCAUCUGAACCGUUUGAUGAUGACCCAAUUUAUUACCAUGACACCCGCAGGUAAUCGUGCUUUAAGCACAGGACGUCUUGUGAUCAUCAAUACCAACGUGUAUAGAAAUGCACCUGCUGUUAUCUUGAAACCUUUGCCCGUCAGCACUACUAACUCACAACAUCGAUCCUUCUACUGCUUGGUGCUUUUACCCAAGAAUUUGGAUAUUAGUAAUUCGUUGAAUUUGGAUGAAACUGCGCCUUUACCCAUCACGACGAUCUGCACUCCUGAGGAUGGUCAAGGAAAGACCGAGAUUGUGACAGUAGGAGCCCCUGAUAUUUUGUUUGUUACUCGUUUGGCCAUCAAAGCCGAUGUGGAUGCAGUUAUGGCAGGUACAGAUUCGCUUGAGACGGUGCGUAUUGGGCAAGAACUUGAAUCGUUUGGUUUGGAUGCCAAACGUGGUGGUUUAAUGGAGUACGAUUGGAGCAAGAUUAAGGAUAUGGAGUUCCAAGAAAUGUUACGAUCCAAAAACGGUUUGACAAGACGACUUCGCACAGAGUUCCAAUGUACAAAAUGUCCUGAACUGGAUGAGCAUUAUGGAUUGAUUCAUGCACAUAAACGUUUAUCCAGCCAAAUCGAUAUGUUGAAUAUGACAAUUUCAGAUCAAAACCUCGAAUUACUUCCUGAUUACCAUCAACGUAUUGAAGUAUUGCGCUUAUUGAAUUAUAUUGAUGAUCAGGGCACUGUUCAAUUAAAGGGACGUGUUGCUUGCGAGAUCAAUUCGGCCGACGAAUUACUAUUAACCGAAUUGGUAUUGGAUAACGUCUUUGCGGAUUAUGAACCUGCAGAAGUAGUGGCGAUUCUCUCUUGCUUUGUCUUUCAGGAACGUAACGCCAGUGAGCCCAGAUUAACCCCUAAACUCACGAAAGGUAAGGAAGUAGUUUUGACGUACGCUCGUAAGAUUGCUCAGCUUCAAGUGGAUUGUGGGCUUGCGAUCUCUGUUGAGGAUUAUGCCAAUAAUCUUCGUUUUGGUUUGGUUGAAGUUGUGUAUGAAUGGGCAAGAGGUUUGCCUUUCAAGCAUAUUACAGAUUUGACGGAUGUAUUGGAAGGUUCGAUUGUUCGCUGUAUUAGUCGAUUGGACGAGACUUGUAGAGAGGUGAUGGGUGCUGCACGUAUGGUGGGCGAUACCAACCUCUAUAAGAAGAUGGAGCAAGCUGAGCAAGAUAUCAAACGUGAUAUUGUGUUUGCAGCAAGUUUAUAUUUUUAAAAAGUAAACAAAAUAAACUUUUUGAAUAAUGUUGUAGCAUGUAAAAUUUUUUUUAUUAGA